GCCGCAUUGGACUGUCCUUCAUAAUUUAUAUUUCAGAUUUUCGGAAGUGAUGGGUCAAUUUUGGCAGGAUAUUUGUCUUUUAGGUCAGUUAAUUUUUCAGUUUCUAUAACUUAAUAUACCAACAAACAUUUUCUAAGAAGUACCUGAACGAAAAAAUAUUCCAAAUUCUAAAUCUUUGCACGUUAUAUUUCCUGUCCAAGGGUUCUGGAGGCCCGCCAUCAGGGGUCAACUUUCAGGCUCUAAAGCGAAUUAAAGAAAAAACUUACAAUUAUAAUUAAAUAUAACUACAUUUAAAAUGAAUAUAACAGACAUAAAUAUAACAUGCAGCUGAGUUUGCCUGAGAUAUACUUGCCUAUCUAUUUAAACAAAGUUAUAUUUUUCCAUUCUACCCCGUUUCAUAGCUGCACAUGUGGCAGUGUGUGGUACCGGUAACUAAAGGCUUGUCGUGACUUAACCUCAUGUCGGACCUACCCAAGUCUAAUUUUGGUUUACGGUUCAUUGCGUCAUUGUCGACCUGUGGUUUUCCUAUCGAUGUUGUAUCCACAUUCCCGCCAUUCGUAGAGCCUAGAGGGGUUACAUAAGUGGCGGAAGGCCAGAACCUGAUCAAAGUUCACUUGUCCGUGACUCUCUGCCUAUUCUGCCACAUGGCUGUUGCGUUGUGUCCAUGGUCCGAUUUUGUUUGACCACCUGAACGUGUCGCAAAUUUCUUCCAUGGUUAGAGUGAUCCUAGUGAAGUAGAGCCUCGAUCGGUCCACGUUGGGGGCUGUGUUUUCUCAGAACCAUGUCUUCUAACUCCUCUGACCACUACGUCGGACGGUCAUAGAACAAGGGCACAGACGAUAGACCACCAAGGUCCACAGCUCGUCGCCGGUUCCACGUUUCAGACCACCCUAUACAAGUGAGAUGUCCGAGAAGGUAAAAGAAAAGGAGAGUAGUCUCCAAGAUAACGAACGACAUUCUCAGAGGGAAGACAACGCCAACUCUACAAAAGAAACUGAAGAUGCGCCAGUGAAGAAGAAGAAAGUAUGGCCAGCCAAAUACAACAAGGGGCCUUUUAUUUGCGCCUACUGCAACAAGAAAUUCCGAGGUCUUCUUGAUCUGACUCGUCAUGAACGCAUUCACACCAACGAAAAGCCACUAGUAUGUGAAGAGUGCGGCAAAGCUUUCGGAAGUGACAGUAGUUUACGAUUUCAUAUCAAUGGUCAUCGGAAUAUUCGACCGUAUGCUUGCCCUACCUGUGGGGCGACGUUUCGCCACAAGAAUUCGCUUAGAGAGCAUAUGGUCGUCCACACAGACUUACGCCCUUAUGUAUGUGAAGUCUGCGGUACGGGAAUGCGACAACGAUCUUCUCUACGUAAACACAUGCGAAUUCACACGGGGGAACGACCUUAUAAGUGUGAGAUUUGCGAUCGAGCUUUCCGAUCUUUAGCUACCUGUCGAUUACACCAAGAACGCCAUGCUGACCCCAACAGCCGAGUCAAUCGGAUUCCGAAGGAGCCACGGAGGAUUAGAAACAGGGUCAGAGGUUAUCGGAAGUACUUGCCCAGAAGUGUCAGGUCGGAAAUCACGCGGGAACUUUGCCGUCAGCUCAACAAAACGCAAACAGCGCCAAUAUCUACCCAGCUUCCUAAAAAUGUGUUUUCUGUUAUUACACCGCUCGAAAUUUCCUCAGUUGAUACUACAUGCACAACGACGUCAGAAGCAGAGCACGUAUCCUCAAUCAGUCCAACAGGGCCUCUCUGUAACGCGUCCGCACAGACGUCAAAUGUGUUGCCAGACGCAGCCAACAGACACCCUGAAACACCUGGGACAAAAUUUACAAACGUCGUGAGUGUGUUGAAUCACGCUACAAAGAUAUCACAUGGUACGCUGGUAACACCUGUCUCACAAACUGUCACUCCUAGUUUCAGUCAAGGCAGCUUGUUAUCACCUGUCACGCCCAGUGCUGCUCAGCUUCCACUCAGCAUCAAUGCUUCUGGAACUCUUCCAGGUAUUAUCUCCGCGUGCAAUGUCAUUCCUGUUGCCUUCGAUAAGAAGGAAAGAAGUCCGGCCCAUACCCUCUCUGCCAAUUCGCCCAUCUUGGUCAAUGCGGAUCAAGUUGUCACCUUCACGUUCACGCCAUUAAUGGUAAUUAAGACGCCGUUCGGUGAACCCAGUACUAAUUAAUCAGAGACUAUAACAGACUAACCUGCCUCGAGCAGAAGCACCCCCUCAUCGGUUGAAAGGAGACAUGUUGUCCUGGAGUACGAGUAUUCAUUUUGUUGGUAGCGAUGCAACCGUAACGCAUGCAUUUCCUAGUGGUUCGCAAACCAGCGAAGUUCAGUUCCGCCCAAAGGAGCCGCCGUUGCAAAGAAAAUAGCGCCCUUUCUUGGUCCAGUUUGAGGCCCAUAGUACUGUGGAACAUUUUUCUUUCCUGCACUAAGUUUAUUCAUGUGCAAGUCAAAAGUCCAAUUUUUAUGAAGUUUGUUAAAGGUUUUAAGUUAGCAUAACUAAGAGUAAUCUGAUUUUUAUAAUGACGAAGAUAACCAUAAUUUUCGCGUAGUCAUGUAUUCCUCAGUCAUCCCAUACAUGAAAAGUUCUUUUGCAAAAAACUUUCUAGGUGUUGAGAUUACCGCUUCAUUCUGUAUCAAGCUUAAAAGUGAUAAGUCCGUGUGUUUUCUCUUGACUUUUUAAAUGCUGCCAUUUGGCAAAUAUUGUGGAAAUUUUGUAAUUGAGUUUUUCAGUUUUUUUCUGAUAUGACGAAACUCGGGUUCCUUGAAUAGAAGUUAAGUUUUUUUGUGUGUGUUACAAAGCUCUUUAGCCUUAUUGUCUGAGAGUUGAAUAAAUGCGUGCAAGAUCAGAGCUUUUCUUUUUCAUUGAAACCACACUCAAGUCGGAUACUUGUACACGUAUACACAUUGUAUUCGCAAUGAAGAAAAAUUCGCAGUAUACAAGAGGCUUGUAUAUAUUGAGCAUUAUUUAAAUAGAAUACUCAAUGACUUUUGAUGUCUUGUUAUUCCGGGCGUAUCCCCAAUUUUAAUGUUACUGGAAUGAUUAAAGAACUACAUGCAGUUUC